UCACGUCGGCAUUAACCCUAUAAAAACCCAAAGCUGAGGACUUUUGGAUUCAAACUUACUGAAMAACUCAGAAAUAUUGUUGAAGUUAAUUGAACCAACAAUGUUGUCUUCUAGAGGAUAUUUUAUAGGGUAUCUUCUGGCCUUCAUUGCCUUUCAUCUUGCUGUUAUGUCUCAUUGUGCAGCAGUGCCUUCCAAAGCGCCAGCCAAUCCAGCCGUUCCUCCAUCGUAUUCAAAGUGUGAUACUCGUAAGACAAAGGACGGUGAAUGUUGUGUUUUCCCCUUCACGUAUCGAGGUACCGAGUACUAUGAUUGUACCACGAAAGAUCAUAGCAAGGAAUGGUGYGCAACCACGUCUGACUACGAUAAUGACAGUCAAUGGGGAGAGUGUGUGAAUGGCGGUCCCAAGCCAGUCUUUGAUGUCAUUUUGAAAGCCAACAAGAAGCAAGCAGCCUUCAGAACGUCUGGAGAGGAGCUUUUCCAAGGUGAUAUUGUAGUGGACAGUCAAAUAAGAACCUACCUGGCAAGUAUUGGUGCUAACAAUACAACAUCAGGAAGCAGAACUAAACGAGCUGCCAUGAGGAAUACGAGAGCGAGAUGGAUCACUAACGGUCGCGCCAUUGUCCCGUAUGUGAUAGAGCGUUCUAACUAUUAUGCAAGAGGAGUCAUCCUGCAAGCAAUGAGACACUGGGAAUCCAAAGUCCCCUGUAUCAAGUUUACACCAUGGAAUCGUAGGCAAAGGACGUACCUGUCUUUCUUCUCUGGAGGAGGCUGUUAUUCACACGUUGGUCGUCAAAGCGCCGCUGGAGCACAGAGGAUUUCCAUUGGUCGAGGAUGCAAUGUUAUGGGUGUGGUCGCUCACGAAAUUGCACACGCUCUUGGAUUCUGGCACGAGCAGUCAAGACCAGACAGAGAUCGUUACGUCACGAUCAACUGGAGAAAUAUCGCAUCAGGGGUGCGGCACAACUUUAAUAAGUAUAGCACGAGCAUGAUCAACAGCCGGGGAGUGUCAUAUGAUUAUGACUCCCUCAUGCAUUACUCGGCCGGUGCCUUCACAGUUAAUGGUCGCCCUACGAUCGUAGCAAAGGGCGGAAGACGCAGACUUGGUCAGCGGUACGGACUGACUUCAAAAGAUAUUCAACAAGCUAAGCUAAUGUACUGUGGAAGUAACCCUAGACCACAAACACCUAGACCACCACGUCCGCCUACCCCUCCCCCACCAGGAUGCCAGUAUACAGACAAAGCUAAAUAUUGUUCCUUUUGGAAGACGAAAGGUUACUGUACCUCUAGCCAGUACAGAUCGUUCAUGAUGAAGGACUGUAAGAAGACUUGCUUGUGUCGCCAGACAGUGUCAUGCAAAGACGACAAUAGCAAAUGCACAAGCUGGACAAGGUACUGUAACCACCAAACGUACGGCCCUUACGUCAGGAGCGUGUGUAAAAAGACUUGCAAACGGUGCAGUUAAACCGUUUGUAACUGCAGUUAGAAUAAACUUCUUUAAAACCUUGAAAUUGUGUUUAUAUUGCGCAUUCGUAAUUAGUGCUUUCCGCACUUACUUUAAUAUAUAACAAAAUAACUGCAUUACAAUACACUUGACCUUACAAGUUUCAAUAACUCACUCGCUUUGUUACCGAGUCUAAUUUUACUUUUUCAUUUUACAAUUACAUAAUUAUUCAUAAGUCAGAAUUUGCUUUACUGUUGUAAUCUAGUGUACGAUUUAUCGUUGUUAAUUUUUACMCAUAUAAGUAUAAGCAGCUGGACAUUGUUCUUGUUUGAUUUGUAAACCAUCAUUUGAUUCUCCAAUAAACAUGACUGGUAUGCGUC